CCACUCAUCUCUCAGCUGCCAAUGCCUUUCAUUUGUUGGUUGCUUUUUAACUGAAUCUAUUUGGCUUUAUCUAACCAAUAAUUAUUCCAACUCUAAAAUCAGGUUUUUUUCCUUUUUACUCCAAAGGAGCAACUUUCCUUUGUUGGAUAAUCGCUAUAAAUUUUAGAUUCUUGUUCAUUUUCUUUGGGGCUAACCUUGUUUGCUCCUCAAAUCUAUUGUUUUCAAAUAUAUUUGGGUUUUCAACCCUUCUCUGUUCAAUUGUUUCUUCCAUUUUGUUUGACGAUGGUUUGCUUGGUUUCUCGUACGGGAAGGCACUUGCAGCGAUACGAUGCCCUCGGCCGCCGCCAAGUUGUCGGAUGCAUUCCGUACAGAUACAAACGUAAUAGUGAUGGAACUCUGAGCACUGACUUGGAGGUUCUUGUCAUCUCCUCACAAAAAUGUCAAAAAAUGAUGUUCCCUAAGGGCGGUUGGGAACUUGAUGAAUCUAAAGAACAAGCUGCUUUAAGAGAGUCAGUUGAAGAAGCUGGAGUUAGAGGCAACGUUGAGUGCGAAUUAGGCAAAUGGGACUUUAUGAGCAAACGCUAUGGCACGUUUUAUGAAGGUUACAUGUUCCCUUUGCUUGUGAAGGAGGAACUUGCCCUCUGGCCUGAGCAAAAUGUGCGACAACGGACAUGGAUGAGUGUGAAGGAAGCCAGGGAUGUGUGCCAGCAUUGGUGGAUGAAGGAAGCCUUAGACAUACUGGUUGAACGGCUAACCUCCUUGCAGCAACACAAGGGACAAAAUAUCUCAACUUGUUUGUAAAUAGGACAUUGUCGGGCACUUAGUUGGCAUCAGGUAUAGAACACAGGUAUUUUGUUGAAGUGCUGCAUAUAUUUGCAGUGUCAAAUUUUUGUACUUGUGUUCGAAUACAUAGAGGUUGAAUAUGAAUAUUUUAAGAGGAGGAGAGUUGUUAAACAUAUUCAGGGUCUGUGGGGGUUGGUCAGAUAUGUUGGGAAAUAAAUUGUAAAUUGGUGGUUGCAAGUGCUGCUACUUUCGACUUCUUAGCGAGCCAAUCGUAUGAAAAGAUGUUGAGGCUUGCUCUGUUAUUACUCAGAUAAUAGAUCAAUCCUUCUGGGAGUCUUCUUUCUAAAGCUUCCCCUUCCUUCCACUCCCGCCCAUCUUUCUCGUCUUUCCCAUUCCUUCCACCUCCCUUUCUUGCCAUUUCCCAAGGCUUAGCUUUCUCUUUAACCAUGGUGCGAGAUUCCUUUUUCGAAAUAAUACUACUUUUCCAGUCGGUGAUGGCUUGGUUUUCUCGAGUCUGUUGCGGCUCGUGUUUGUUUAGGCUUGGUCUGACGGGUUUUUCCGAUCUAUGAGGCUCCGUUGGUUUCACUGGGUGGAACCAGACUACCGUUGACGGAUCCAAUACGCCAUAUGGCUUGUGUUUGCGACAUUCGUGUUUUGAUUGACAGUUUUUUUUUUUUUGGUUGGUGGGGGAUGGGCUGGUUUGAUAACAAUUGACAUUUCUCCAUUUGAAUGUUAAGUUCGAAUGUGGCACAUUUAUUGUUAUGGUUUUCCUUUUCUAUGAUAUGUAUUGGUUUGGGCUUAUGUUCCAUUGUAUUAAGGCUUUUACACAUCAAUGAAAUCUUAGUGAUUAUUCACCAAAAAAGAUAA